UCUGCUGUUCUAAAACUUUUUUCAGUAUUUCAUGGAUGACUGCUUACAAAGACUUGUCGAUAAAAUUGAGUCUGAUGAGAGUUUAAAAAAUUUGACACCAAGUGAUUGCAUCUCUAAGCUUAUCAGAUUUCGAUUAGAAAUGCAAGCUCCAUAUAUAUCAACAUGGCCUCAUGCUCUUAGCAUUCAGGCGCAACCUGCAAAUGUUCCUACAAGUUUUAAGCAGAGAGCAGUUCUUGUGGAUGAGAUCUGGCAUGCUGCGGGUGAUAAGGCCUCUGACAUUGAUUGGUAUGCCAAGCGCACUAUCCUUGGAGGAAUAUACUCGACAACUGAGAUUUAUAUGCUGACAGAUAGCUCUCCUGAUUUCCGCGAUACGUGGGCUUUCUUGGAUGCUCGAGUGAAAGAUGCCUUUAAUAUAAAGAAAACCAUUCAAGAGGCACAGUCUUUGGCAGAAGCUGUCAGCGUCGGGCUGGGGAACUCCUUUCAAGGAUUUUUCGGGAAAGGUUUCCAGAGAUGAGUCAUGGCGGGAAGAUGUGCAGGUGGUAGGCACUUGUUCCUUGUUUCCUCAAACAAUGUUUCUGAGGCAUUGAUUAUAUUUACACUAAACUUACCACUUAAAAAAAAGUUAUAUUUCAUGUGCUUCAAAUUUAUAUGCCGCCUUGGGCCCUUCACUCAAGGCUUGAGUUCCAGGGUCGUCACUGCUCACAAAUUUUAGGCUUGUAAAUAAUCUCAUCAUUUCAUAAUUAAA